CAUAGACCAGAAACCUUCGCUAUAUACCCGUUCCGUCAGAACAGAACCGUCCAUAGCUAUGAACCGGUCGCGCACAGUACCAUCGAACUAACCUGGGUACUUACCGUGAAAUGUUUGCUAGUUUUUGACGUUUUCGGCUCAGUGUGCGCGAGUAUUUUUGUUGUUUGGAUUAUUGUGCAAUUAUUCCAAUAUGGCGUUCGAUAGCAGUACCAGCAGAGUACUGGGAUUUGUUUGGAUCUUUUUGGUUUCUUUGAAAACGAUACACUGUCAACUACAAGAUGCAGAGUUCAACCCCCAGGUCUCAGCUACAUGCAAGGCAGAUCAUACGAUGAACAUCAAAGUGAACUUCAACAACUCCUUCUACGGUACCAUCCACGCAAGAGAUUACCGGACGCCAUCUUGUAUGGCUGUGGGUGAUGGUGGUAAAACUGUUACCCUCACCAUAAGUCUUCUAGCACCCCCCGGUUCAGCUGGAUACUGUGGAUUGAUUACCAAUAACAAAACUCAAGAAAAAUCAGUUCCUAUAGCGAUACGAAUCCAUAAAACACUAGAACUGGCCGACGACAAGUUCUACGUCAUCACUUGUGGAAAGGCUGGAUUCAAAAACCAAUCUUCGCCAGUGUCUUUGCAAAUACUUGAUGGAAGCAGAGUGGUGAACAAGGCAGUACUCAGCAAUCCCUAUACCUUAAGAAUUCAAGUUUCCAAACCAGAUAGUUCGUAUGGCUUCAGGGUUAAAAACUGUUUUGCCUUCAGCAGAGUCAACAACAGCGUUCCAAUCAUAGAUGACAGAGGCUGUCCUGUCAAGGGAGGUAUAAUAGGAACUUUCACCUACGAUGAAGCCAAAGGUAUAGCUGAUGCACCCAUAAGAUCAAUGUUCAAGUUUCCAGAAGGAUCAGAAGUAAACUUUCAGUGUGAUGUAGCAUUAUGCAAAGGAGCUUGCCUACAACCAUCCUGCUCAGGAGAUGUCUCCAAUUCCUUGUCAUUAAAUAACGAAGAAGGUGUCCUUUUAGCUGCCAAUACUGUGUUUGUUCUUGAUCCCAGUGAAGCUCCUUUGAUUCAAGAACUCUGCGAAGACUCAACUGGUGUCCAUCCCAGUUGGUUACUGUGGCUCUGCGUAGCUUUUGGAAUCCUGUUCCUCAUUAUGCUCAUCAUCAACAUUUUCCUCUGUUCUGCCAUGACCUGUGCCUGUGCCAGGACAGAGAUUAUAGAGAAAGAGCCUAGUAUCAUUGAAGACUAUGAUCCUUACAGGAGUUGGCAUGGUAGCCAGUAUGGAUCAAGGUAUUCCUUGAAUGGAGCCCCUCAAAACCCUAAGGGCUAUACCUCAGGUGGUUCAACACUAAAUUCAGCAAGAUCGAUUUCAUCACACAGUGAUCACUAUGCCAUCGUUCACUCAAGACCUGGCAGUAGGGGGUAUAAAAAUAGGGGGCCUCCAUCACACAUAGGGAGUCACUACAGUGGGAAAUAGAAAAAGGACUAAAUAAAAUUAAGAGAAGAAAAAUAAACGAAUACUUGUAUAAAAACUUAUAGCGAAAUGUGUAUCAUAGACUAAAAAAUUAUGAAUAACUAUUAAUAAUAAUGUAAAAUUGUCAGGUUUCAAUUUGUUUAUACGUUAUUGCUUGUAUAUUUAUAUACAAAAACAAUGACAAUGACCAUGAAAUGAGGAUUUCAAAAUUAAAAAUAUCUGUGAUGACCAGUAAGUGAAGAACUAAAAACCUGAAGAUUUUUUGUAAAAAACACACAAAGUGUGUAGUUAGUUUUAGUCUAUGAUAUACUCAUUCUAACCAGUGAAGACAUAUGUCUUUUAUGAUUCAUAAUGAGGCAUAUUAGUGAGCUGAGCGUACAUAGGGUAUUAUUUUAGUGCAUAGCCAAACUUCAGGAGAUAAUUCUUUGAGUCAUAUUAAGACGAAAAAAAUUACCCCUAGAAAUUUGGCCUACAUACUUAAAUAACAUCCUGUAUAUGGAGUUAAUGUUACACAUAGUCCUAAUAUUCAUUCAUUCUGGAUAGGAUAAUAUAUUAUUAGGGCUCUGUGUAUUAUGGGUUACAUAUACUUCACAAUAAAAGUUCAAUUCUCAGAUCUGCAUUCAUAACAUAAUCAAUAUUUUUGUCUAAAGCUUUAAUUUUUUUACAAAAUCUAUUAUAAAAUUUAUAUUUUAGAAAUUAUUGAAUUUUAAGCAACAUUUUAAGACAACUUUAUUUGUAUAAAUUGUAAAUUAGAUUUAAAUAAUUAUUUUUAAGACAUAUUUUAUGCUACUAGUAUAUUUAUUAGGAUACUUUCUCAUUUUUUUUAUCAUUCAUUUCUAUAUUCUUUAUACUUUUCUUUGUCUAAUUGUAAUGUAAUAACUCUAAAUUUGUUAAAAAAUAAUGAAAAUACCAGUCGAAACACUGUUAAAAGAAUUCCUUUACUCUGUAUUAAAACAACUUAAAUUUAUUUUCUAUUUGUUUUGUUUAUUAAUUUUAACUUUUUUAGUAGAUUUAAGUUUGUAAAUUUAUCUUUUUCUAUGAAUUUUCAUCACAAUAAUUGUUAUGUAAAAAGUCUGAUAAAUAUACAAAG